AAAAAAAAAAAAAAAAGAUUCCGCUUAUGUAAGCGCAAUACAAAAAAUCAAAGAGAAGACCUUUAGAAGAGACCUUUAGAAGAGACCUUUAGAAGAAAAGAGAUCUUUAGAAGAGACUUUAAAAAAAAAGAGUAAGAAUGUCUGGUAUCUGCUCCAUAUGCCAGGUCAACGAGUCCAAAUAUACCUGUCCAGCAUGUGGAAUGAAGAGCUGUUCACUUGAGUGUGUUCGAAGACAUAAGAAGCAAAAUGAAUGUACUGGGACGGUAGACCAAGGUAAAUUCAUACUGAGGAAAGAGUUGAGUGAAGAUUCGAUUCAUAUAAAUAGGGACUAUAAUUUCUUGUUAAAUUUCGGAAGAGAUAUUCAGUUGGGUAAGAGUGAUGUGAAGACCAAUGCAAAGAAUAUAUUCAAACGUCAGUAUAAUCCAACAAAUAGGAAUGUUAAGAGGUUUAAGCAGAAUGAGGACGCUGACAGAAGAUUGGCUCGAGUUAAUAAGGCAUACUCCAACUCACCGCAAACAACCAUUAAGAGAAAUAAUACCUUGAUUAUACAAUUACCUAUGGGGAUGAGCCGAUCGGCAUCAAAUAAAUCUGGUUACGAUAAGAAGCUGUCGACAUUCACCUGGACCAUUGAGUGGGUUUUGGUAGACAAACAGGGCAAGGAGUAUUCAAAUUUCAUAAGUUACCGGUUGAAAGAAACCUUACCUGUCAGAGAUGCGGUACCGAUGAAUAUUUUGAAUAAUAUCAUGAAGGAGAAAGAAGACACGAUUGACAAAGAUAGCUUAUGUUUUUACUUGGACAAUGUGGUCAAUUUGGCUCAGCCAAACAAAUCAAUUAUCAAGUUAGACCCCUCUGGCUCUUUGGCAGAUGCUUUGGCCAAUAAAAUUGUCUUGGAAUACCCCAAGAUCUUUAUCACUUUGGAUAGCGAGACCUGGUCAGAGCAUGUGGUUGGUGAAGCAGAGGCAUACGGGUUGAAGGAGGAUAGCAGUGACAGUGACAGCAGUGACAGUGACAGCAGUGACAGUGACAGCAGUAACAGUGACAGCAGUGACAGUGACAGCGACAGCGAAAGCGGUGACUCUGAUUCGGACCAACCAGAAGAGGAAUCAUCGAAAGAGCCACAGGCGAAAAAGGUCAUUUUCGACGACGACAAAUAGCAUAACGUAGCAUCAUGUAAUCUAAUAGCAUAGCAUAGCAUUAUAACAUCAUCACAUUAUAAGUCUUGUUGCAAACGGUGGGCGCACAUCGAAAUUUCUCUGAAGAAUUUUUAAGUCAUCAGAAAUCAUGGCAUUAAAC